AUGUCAUCGCCCCCAUUGAGCAAAUCUACUCGCUACAAGCGCGCCACCACUUUCUUCCUCGACUCGCUGCUGCGUGCUCGUGUUCGAGGGUGUCACGGAGGCAAAAGUGUGAACUUGAAGACGCUUAGCACCAUAGUAGUAAAGGUCGCGCGGGACCCCUAG